ACGAGGAAGAUUCCGUUGACUUUGACUUUUCUCCUAAAGAAACUUCGUGAUCAUGAGCAAGAAGCCCAACACGUAGGGAGUGGCAUUUCCGUGAAUUGGGGAGAAAAGCAGGGGCAAUUAAAGAGAGAAGAUAACAGUCCAGCUGUGUGGGGUUUUCAUCUCUCUCUUCUCCGAAUCCGCCGCCACGCCUUGACCAUGGCAUGGCUGGGCCGCUUGAGAGGAGUUUCGCCGGUUGCAAGGCUCGCAGCGAGGCGUCGAUCGUUCGGAUCAGCGGCCGCGCUGGAGUUUGACUACGACUCCGAUGAGGAGUAUGUGUACGGAGAUCCGAGACUUGCCUUGGAUGGGUCCGGGCCAGAGAGGGGAGUCCAGUGGGUUCUGAUGGGCGCGCCUGGAGCCUCGAGGCACGUCUUCGCCGAGAGGCUCUCCAACCUUGUUCAAGUUCCUCACAUUUCCAUGGGAUCGCUUGUCCGUCAAGAGCUUCACCCUACAUCUUCUCUCUACAAGGAGAUUGCAAGUGCUGUUAACGAAGGAAAGCUUGUUCCAAAGAGUGUUGUCUUUGCUUUGCUAUCAAAGAGGCUGGAAGAUGGAUAUGUAAGGGGUGAAACCGGUUUCAUUCUUGAUGGAAUUCCCCGCACUCGUAAUCAAGCCGAAACUCUUGACCAAAUCGCUCAGAUCGACCUCGUUGUGAAUCUUAAAUGCUCCGAGCUAAACCGAGCUGCUCUGAAUGAUACUGCUCUGCCUCGGCAGGAGUUCCUCGGCUCUACUUUCCACUCAGCUGUUGCAAUCAAAGCCCCAAGGGAGGAGAGUCUGGGUGUCUACGCAGAGGAGGUGAAGCCCCUGGAAGACUACUACAGGAAGCAGAGGAAACUCCUCGACUUUCAUGUCGGCGCCGCCACCUCAGCAGAGACAUGGCAGGGCUUGUUGGCAGCUUUGCAUCUGAAGCAGGCGAAUUUGGCGACUUCACACAAGCUGACUCUG